CUUUAUUAUUUUCCCAUUCCUCAUUCUUUAUGCGAGUAUUAGUUGAGAUGGUUGUGUUUUAAUCUUACGUCAUGAAGGCAAUUAUUUACGUUUUAUUAGGCCACUGCUUUCUUCUAACUUGUUUGGCAGAGUUGAGUGAGGAGAAAAAAGUACAAUUUGUAACAAGUUUCGUUGAUUAUUUAAACAAUUUACCUAAUCAUGCCUUCAUAUAUGAUGACGGUGUCCUAUUGAACGCGCAAAAAACUGAUGAAAACAACUACAAGAUUGAAAUAAAACUUAAAGUUACUAGUAUUCAUAAUCUUGAAGCAUACUCUUAUCAUACAUGUUCUGUCUCUUUGGAAGACACCGGAGGUAGUGAUAUCCACAUAAAAGAUGAUUACAAUUGCGAACCACCACCACCUUCAACUACUACGGAGUUUAAUGUGGAUAGCAUAGUGUCUCAAGAAAAAAGCACAACAACAGAAGAUGGUAUAGAACACCUGCCCGUGCAACUUGAUAAUGAAGUGCAAACUAAUACUGCGGCCACCUCUGGAGAACAGUUCAUCGCAAUACCAAGGGAGAAGCCUGCUGCACCAUGUAUCGGAUGUUCCACCUUCGUGAAUCCCGGAGCUGCGGGCGUCGAGGAGUUGGCUUUGCUGGGUAUCCGGCACCUCAACAGGCACGACCCCGAUGUCAAGCAUGAGUUGAAUUCAGUCGUUGAAGUGGAAAGGCAGGUUCAGAUUGUAAACGGUGUAAGAUACAUUCUAACGCUAAAAGUUGAUUAUAACAAUUGUACUAUCGAUGUGGCAGAAAGUUGUACAGUUGUAAAACCUUGCAAAAUAAGUAUUUUAGAAAAGCCGUGGGUCAGGUUAUACGAUGGUUCAAAAUAUAGAGGGAUUUUAGCUAAUAAUUGUACAGAAGAAUGGAUAUUUAGCGACAACGGUGAAGUUAUAAACGACGAAAAUAAAGGCAAAGAUAUUGUAAAAGUACCAAAAGAUGAUCUAGAUAACGAAGGUGGCGCACAUAAACCUAUUCCUGAUUUUGACAAAAUUGCGAACACAGGCUCGGUAGAUGAUAUACUUAAAGCUAUACAUAAUUCCGACGUACAAGCUCAACCGUUAACAGAGAGAACCUUAUCGGAGGGAGAAGUGAAAAAGUUAGAAGAACAAGUUAUACCUUACAAUCAGUUUUCGGAUAUAUCAACGUUACAUGAAGAUGAAAUAACCGCAAAACCUGAUUCAGAAAACUUUAAUUCCCACUCGAUCAAUAAAAUUGAAUCCAGAAAAAAAUAUAUACCAAAUUCUAAUUCUUUUACGUUUGAUAGCGAAGAGAAAAAAAUUAAUUCCUUAAACAGUGAUAAGAAAAAAGCUAUCGAUGAUUUACUUAAUUUUUUUGCAUCUGUUGAUUCACAUUCAAAUCAACAAACAGAGAGAAGAAAAAGGAAUUUAAAUUUUGUUGGUGGAAAGCUACAAAAAAACAUUAAUGAUCCAAUGUACAAAACAUUAGCAGAAGAAUCAUUAGCAAAAUAUUUACAAAUAUCAAAUGAAGACGAAGAAUAUGAAGUAUUAAAAGUUGAAGAUGUUAGUGUCCAAGUUGUGUCUGGACAACUUACUACAAUAACAUUUCAAAUAGUAAAAAAGAAUGCACAUUCUUCAUCUCCACAGAAAUGUACUGCACAUGUUUGGGAAAAGCCUUGGAUACAAUUUAAAGAUAUAAAAGUAACCUGUCAAUAUAAUCAAUUGAAUGAUACGAGACGUAGAAGACAAAUACCAGGUGGUGCGUUAGAGCAAAAUCCGAAUGAUCCCAAAUAUUUGGAAUUAGCUAACGAAUCUAUGCAAAAGUAUUUACAAACUACGGGCAAUUCAAGGCCCCACAAAGUGGUCGAAGUUGAAAAGGUUAAGACUCAAGUUGUGUCUGGUACGUUGACGGAAAUUCAUUUUAAGAUUAUGCCAGUGCAAAGCACGGGUGAUGUCAUAAGCUGUCUUUCCAAGGUGUGGGAACAAAGCUGGCUUAACAAAAAAGAUAUAGACGUCAAAUGCCAAAUUGGUGAUGGUAAAUGGCGAUCGAAGAGGCAAGCUUUCGGUGGACAGACCGAGCGAAAUCCGAAUGACCCCAAAUAUUUGGAAUUAGCUAACGAAUCUAUGCAAAAGUAUUUACAAACUACGGGCAAUUCACAGCCCCACAAAGUCGUCGAAGUUGAAAAAGUUACGACACAACUUGUUUCUGGUACGUUGACGGAAAUUCAUUUUAAGAUUAUGCCAGUGCAAAGCACGGGUGACGUCAUAAGCUGUCUUUCCAAGGUGUGGGAACAAAGCUGGCUUAACAAAAAAGAUAUAGACGUCAAAUGCCAAAUUGGCGAUGGUAAAUGGCGAUCGAAGAGGCAAGCUUUCGGUGGACAGACCGAGCGAAAUCCGAAUGACCCCAAAUAUUUGGAAUUAGCUAACGAAUCUAUGCAAAAGUAUUUACAAACUACGGGCAAUUCACAGCCCCACAAAGUCGUCGAAGUUGAAAAAGUUACGACACAACUUGUUUCUGGUACGUUGACGGAAAUUCAUUUUAAGAUUAUGCCAGUGCAAAGCACGGGUGAUGUCAUAAGCUGUCUUUCCAAGGUGUGGGAACAAAGCUGGCUUAACAAAAAAGAUAUAGACGUCAAAUGCCAAAUUGGCGAUGGUAAAUGGAGGUCAAAGCGGCAAGUAAUUGCGGGCGGAAUAACUGAAAAAAAUCCAAAUGACCCCAAAUAUUUGGAAUUAGCUAACGAAUCUAUGCAGAAAUAUUUGCAAACUACGGGCAAUUCACGGCCCCACAAAGUCGUCGAAGUUGAGAGAGUUACUACUCAAGUUGUUGCUGGUUUUAUGACGAGAAUCUAUUUUAAAAUUUUGCCAAUGCAAGGCACAGGCGACGUCAUAAGCUGUCUAUCCAAGGUAUGGGAACGAAGUCGACAGGAAAAAGACAUAGACGUCAAAUGCCAAAUUGGUGAUGGUAAAUGGCGAUCGAAGAGGCAAGCUUUCGGUGGACAGACCGAGCGAAAUCCGAAUCACCCCAAAUAUUUGGAAUUAGCUAACGAAUCUAUGCAAAAGUAUUUACAAACUACGGGCAAUUCACAGCCCCACAAAGUCGUCGAAGUUGAAAAAGUUACGACACAACUCGUUUCUGGUACGUUGACGGAAAUUCAUUUUAAGAUUAUGCCAGUGCAAAGCACGGGUGACGUCAUAAGCUGUCUUUCCAAGGUGUGGGAACAAAGCUGGCUUAACAAAAAAGAUAUAGACGUCAAAUGCCAAAUUGGCGAUGGUAAAUGGCGAUCGAAGAGGCAAGCUUUCGGUGGACAGACCGAGCGAAAUCCGAAUGACCCCAAAUAUUUGGAAUUAGCUAACGAAUCUAUGCAAAAGUAUUUACAAACUACGGGCAAUUCACAGCCCCACAAAGUCGUCGAAGUUGAAAAAGUUACGACACAACUUGUUUCUGGUACGUUGACGGAAAUUCAUUUUAAGAUUAUGCCAGUGCAAAGCACGGGUGACGUCAUAAGCUGUCUUUCCAAGGUGUGGGAACAAAGCUGGCUUAACAAAAAAGAUAUAGACGUCAAAUGCCAAAUUGGCGAUGGUAAAUGGCGAUCGAAGAGGCAAGCUUUCGGUGGACAGACCGAGCGAAAUCCGAAUGACCCCAAAUAUUUGGAAUUAGCUAACGAAUCUAUGCAAAAGUAUUUACAAACUACGGGCAAUUCACAGCCCCACAAAGUCGUCGAAGUUGAAAAAGUUACGACACAACUUGUUUCUGGUACGUUGACGGAAAUUCAUUUUAAGAUUAUGCCAGUGCAAAGCACGGGUGAUGUCAUAAGCUGUCUUUCCAAGGUGUGGGAACAAAGCUGGCUUAACAAAAAAGAUAUAGACGUCAAAUGCCAAAUUGGCGAUGGUAAAUGGAGGUCAAAGCGGCAAGUAAUUGCGGGCGGAAUAACUGAAAAAAAUCCAAAUGACCCCAAAUAUUUGGAAUUAGCUAACGAAUCUAUGCAGAAAUAUUUGCAAACUACGGGCAAUUCACGGCCCCACAAAGUCGUCGAAGUUGAGAGAGUUACUACUCAAGUUGUUGCUGGUUUUAUGACGAGAAUCUAUUUUAAAAUUUUGCCAAUGCAAGGCACAGGCGACGUCAUAAGCUGUCUAUCCAAGGUAUGGGAACGAAGUCGACAGGAAAAAGACAUAGACGUCAAAUGCCAAAUUGGUGAUGGUAAAUGGCGAUCGAAGAGGCAAGCUUUCGGUGGACAGACCGAGCGAAAUCCGAAUGACCCCAAAUAUUUGGAAUUAGCUAACGAAUCUAUGCAAAAGUAUUUACAAACUACGGGCAAUUCACAGCCCCACAAAGUCGUCGAAGUUGAAAAAGUUACGACACAACUCGUUUCUGGUACGUUGACGGAAAUUCAUUUUAAGAUUAUGCCAGUGCAAAGCACGGGUGACGUCAUAAGCUGUCUUUCCAAGGUGUGGGAACAAAGCUGGCUUAACAAAAAAGAUAUAGACGUCAAAUGCCAAAUUGGCGAUGGUAAAUGGCGAUCGAAGAGGCAAGCUUUCGGUGGACAGACCGAGCGAAAUCCGAAUGACCCCAAAUAUUUGGAAUUAGCUAACGAAUCUAUGCAAAAGUAUUUACAAACUACGGGCAAUUCACAGCCCCACAAAGUCGUCGAAGUUGAAAAAGUUACGACACAACUUGUUUCUGGUACGUUGACGGAAAUUCAUUUUAAGAUUAUGCCAGUGCAAAGCACGGGUGACGUCAUAAGCUGUCUUUCCAAGGUGUGGGAACAAAGCUGGCUUAACAAAAAAGAUAUAGACGUCAAAUGCCAAAUUGGCGAUGGUAAAUGGAGGUCAAAGCGGCAAGUAAUUGCGGGCGGAAUAACUGAAAAAAAUCCAAAUGACCCCAAAUAUUUGGAAUUAGCUAACGAGUCUAUGCAGAAAUAUUUGCAAACUACGGGAAAUUCACGGCCCCACAAAGUCGUCGAAGUUGAGAGAGUUACUACUCAAGUUGUUGCUGGUUUUAUGACGAGAAUCUAUUUUAAAAUUUUGCCAAUGCAAGGCACAGGCGACGUCAUAAGCUGUCUAUCCAAGGUAUGGGAACGAAGUCGACAGGAAAAAGACAUAGACGUCAAAUGCCAAAUUGGUGAUGGUAAAUGGCGAUCGAAGAGGCAAGCUUUCGGUGGACAGACCGAGCGAAAUCCGAAUGACCCCAAAUAUUUGGAAUUAGCUAACGAAUCUAUGCAAAAGUAUUUACAAACUACGGGCAAUUCACAGCCCCACAAAGUCGUCGAAGUUGAAAAAGUUACGACACAACUCGUUUCUGGUACGUUGACGGAAAUUCAUUUUAAGAUUAUGCCAGUGCAAAGCACAGGUGAUGUCAUAAGCUGUCUUUCCAAGGUGUGGGAACAAAGCUGGCUUAACAAAAAAGAUAUAGACGUCAAAUGCCAAAUUGGUGAUGGUAAAUGGCGAUCGAAGAGGCAUGCUUUCGGUGGACAGACCGAGCGAAAUCCGAAUGACCCCAAAUAUUUGGAAUUAGCUAACGAAUCUAUGCAAAAGUAUUUACAAACUACGGGCAAUUCACAGCCCCACAAAGUCGUCGAAGUUGAAAAAGUUACGACACAACUUGUUUCUGGUACGUUAACGGAAAUUCAUUUUAAGAUUAUGCCAGUGCAAAGCACGGGUGACGUCAUAAGCUGUCUUUCCAAGGUGUGGGAACAAAGCUGGCUUAACAAAAAAGAUAUAGACGUCAAAUGCCAAAUUGGCGAUGGUAAAUGGAGGUCAAAGAGGCAAGUAAUUGCGGGCGGAAUAACUGAAAAAAAUCCAAAUGACCCCAAAUAUUUGGAAUUAGCUAACGAAUCUAUGCAGAAAUAUUUGCAAACUACGGGCAAUUCACGGCCCCACAAAGUCGUCGAAGUUGAGAGAGUUACUACUCAAGUUGUUGCUGGUUUUAUGACGAGAAUCUAUUUUAAAAUUUUGCCAAUGCAAGGCACAGGCGACGUCAUAAGCUGUCUAUCCAAGGUAUGGGAACGAAGUCGACAGGAAAAAGACAUAGACGUCAAAUGCCAAAUUGGUGAUGGUAAAUGGCGAUCGAAGAGGCAAGCUUUCGGUGGACAGACCGAGCGAAAUCCGAAUGACCCCAAAUAUUUGGAAUUAGCUAACGAAUCUAUGCAAAAGUAUUUACAAACUACGGGCAAUUCACAGCCCCACAAAGUCGUCGAAGUUGAAAAAGUUACGACACAACUUGUUUCUGGUACGUUGACGGAAAUUCAUUUUAAGAUUAUGCCAGUGCAAAGCACGGGUGAUGUCAUAAGCUGUCUUUCCAAGGUGUGGGAACAAAGCUGGCUUAACAGAAAAGAUAUAGACGUCAAAUGCCAAAUUGGCGACGGUAAAUGGAGGUCAAAGCGGCAAGUAAUUGCGGGCGGAAUAACUGAAAAAAAUCCGAAUGACCCCAAAUAUUUGGAAUUAGCUAACGAAUCUAUGCAGAAAUAUUUGCAAACUACGGGCAAUUCACGGCCCCACAAAGUCGUCGAAGUUGAGAGAGUUACUACUCAAGUUGUUGCUGGUUUUAUGACGAGAAUCUAUUUUAAAAUUUUGCCAAUGCAAGGCACAGGCGACGUCAUAAGCUGUCUAUCUAAGGUAUGGGAACGAAGUCGACAGGAAAAAGACAUAGACGUCAAUUGCCAAGUUGGCGAUGGUAAAUGGAGGUUAAAGCGGCAAGUAAUUGCGGGCGGAAUAACUGAAAAAAAUCCGAAUGGCUCUCAAUAUUUAGAUCUGGCAGGGAAAAAUCAAUUAAACCAUAAUAAAAAGAAACAUUCUGGGUUGGGUACUAAAAAGUCUGAUAGAAUAAUAGUGGAAAAACUGGUACGUGAGUCUUUAGAGAAGCUUGAAAAGUCAUCUGCUCAUAAGCAUAAACAAAGGGUAUAUCAAAUAAUAAACUAUUCUAGUAAAAAACCAUCUGAGCCGACGUCAAUUUAUUUCGACGUGGGUUACACGACAUGCUUGAAAUUCGAAAUAGUAAAUGAUAUAACACAGUGUAAGUUUUUAAAUGAUACACCAUUACGACAUUGUGUAUCACAAGUUUGGGAAAGACCAUGGUUAAAAGAUGGCAAAGAUAUUGAGGUGAAUUGUGAAGAGCGAUCAAUAGAAGAAAUGAAUUCUGAAAACGCAAUGCUAUUAGCUGCUUCUGCGUUAAAACACAUCGAAGCCAAGUACUCCCACCCACGACGACAAAAAGUUGUGAAGCUAAUCUCGUUUGGAAAACAACUAAUCGCGGGUGUCCAUUAUAGAAUGACAAUUGAAGUGGGUCCUACAAAUUGUUUGGCCCUAAGUUCUAAGCAAAAGUGUACGCUGGUCGAUAAUAUGGGACCGAAUAAGAUUUGUCAUGUGAAUGUAUGGCCUCGACCGUCUGUUGACCGGUUAUUAAAUAUCCGUGUUGUUUGCGACCAUAAAACAGGUAGCAACUUUACACUUCGAAAUCAAGAGGCCCGCGUUCUUUUUAAUGACUUUCUUGAUACCUACAAACCGGCGUAUGCGAGCAAUGAGACUGAAAAGUUGAGGAGAUUUGAAAUAUUUAGAAACAACGUAAAAAUGAUCCAUGCAUUGAACAUAGGGGAUGCAGGUACGGCUAGGUAUGGUGUUACUAAAUUCGCUGACUUAACCCACGAAGAAUUCAAGACACAAUUUUUGGGUUUGAAGCCGAGUCUACGUAAUCAGAAUCAGAUACCGAUGACGAAAGCGGUUAUACCAGAAGUGAAUUUGCCCGGUGCGUUUGACUGGCGGCAGCGCGGUGCCGUUACCCCUGUCAAGGAUCAGGGCAGCUGUGGAAGCUGCUGGGCUUUCAGUGUUACAGGUAACGUUGAGGGACAGUGGCAGUUAAAGACUGGCAACCUGCUAUCACUAAGCGAACAAGAGCUAGUAGAUUGCGAUAAAUUGGAUGAUGGUUGCAACGGUGGUUACAUGGACAAUGCUUACAGAGCUAUUGAGCAAAUGGGUGGGCUUGAGUUGGAAGACGACUAUCCUUACGCAGGCAAAGCUCACGAUAGGUGCAGUUACAACAAGACGUUGUCUCGAGUGACCAUCAGCGGCGCGGUCAACAUCAGCAACAACGAGACAGACAUGGCCAAGUGGUUGGUCAAAAAUGGACCCAUAUCUAUUGGUAUAAACGCGAACGCGAUGCAGUUCUACAUGGGCGGGGUGUCUCACCCUUGGCGCAUGCUGUGCAGCCCCGACAACCUCGACCACGGCGUACUCAUCGUCGGCUAUGGAGUCUCUGACUACCCACUAUUCCACAAACGUCUGCCAUAUUGGAUAGUAAAGAACUCGUGGGGUCCGUCGUGGGGCGAGCGCGGAUACUAUCGCGUCUACCGAGGUGAUGGCACCUGCGGCGUCAACAUGAUGGCUAGUAGUGCUGUGGUAUGAACAUCACUGACCACCACUGACCACCACUGACCACCACAGACCACCACAGAUCAUCACAUACCACAACAGACCACCACAUACCACAACAGACCACCACUGUCCAUCACAGACCACCACAGACCACCACAUAUCACAACAGACCACCACUGACCAUCACUGACCACUAUUGGCCAUUUGUGACCACCACUGACCACUAUUGGCCACUAGUGACCACUGUUGGCCACCUGUGACCACCACUGACCACUAUUGGCCACCUGUAUCCACCACUUACCACUAUUGGCCACUUGUGACC